AUGUCCCAGCUCAAGAACGGCAGCAGGGGGCGGAAGAGCAGCAAUUCAGGAGCGAUUCCAGGGGCUGCACCAGUGGUCAUCGCUGCAGAGCAUGGGAAUGUGGAGGGCCUCAGAGCUGGCCAACAUCCUCCCUGUCGCCAGAAUGCCAGUGAAGCUGUGCCCUGCCCCCUCCCCCAAGAGGUAGAUGGCUCGACACUCUCAAUGGCAUAUGAUUCAGAAUCCACCUGCAUGCUUCGAGCGGUGCUUAAAGAUCCAACAGCAACAUUCCGGUCUCCUGCCCAGUACCAUGUCUACAAGGAGAUCGUGGCCAGGAAGUGUCAUUGCCUCUUUGUUUCCGCCUGCGGUUCUGGAAAGACGUUGCCGUUUGUCCUCGCUGCCAAGACAUGGGCCCUUGAUGGCAGGCAAUCGGUACUGGUGUUACCGUACCAAAUCCUCCAUCCAGAUAUGCACAGGCGCCUGGGUAAAGCCAACAUCUCCCACUGCAAAUGGACCACUGAGAAUCCGUAUCCGAAAGAGCAAGUGGUCACCAUCGCGAUCGAGUCCUUUGACAACGACUUAUUCAUGACCUGGCUUACAGCAUUGGCAAACGGUGGACAGCUAGGGUGUCUCAUGUUCGAUGAAGCACAUGGGAUCAUGGAGGAUCGAAGAUUCCGUCCAGCCUACGAGGAUGCGAUCCACAAACUUUCACGGCUCCAAGAUGCACCCAUCGUUUUCACAUCGGGCACAAUGUCCCGGGACUUCAUGUCUGAGUUCUGGAGGGCUCUGGAUAUCCGGUAUCAGCCAGACGAGGCUGCGAUCGUGAUCCACACCAGCACUCAGAGACCCCAGAUCUUCUACCAGUUCAUGGUGCUCGAUGUCGGCCAAGAGCCUCAGAUGGCAGAUUUGCCAGCCUCCAAGAAGGAGUGGAAUCUCAAUUGGCAUGCACGCACAGUCGAGGUCAUCUGUGAGGCGGAGAGGGGAUUGAAGGGAGAUGAGCAGGGCCUGGUGUUUUUUGUUGGCAAGGGCGAGUGCAUGGAGUGGGCAGGGCACUUGAACUGCUCAUACAUCACGGCCGAUGUUCCAUCCCAGCAGUGCGAGCAGCAUUUCGAGAAUUGGCGAGAAGGGAAACAACGGAUCUUGUGUCUUAACAAGGCAGGCUACUAUGGUUUCGAUUACCAUGCCGUAGCGUUUUCGAUCUUCGUUGGCCAACCGUUUUCGGUCAAUGACUUCUACCAGAGCUCUGGGAGGGUAGCUCGAGGUCUCUCAGUUGGACUGAGCCUUGUAUUGCUGCCGGCUGUUCCAAAGCGCCCUAGUCUUGCCAUCAAGGAGUGUUUCGAGGGUCGCUUGGCGAUGACGAGGACUGCCCAACAACUCGAUAAUUGCCAUUGGGUCUUCCCUUCGCAGCAUCUGGACGGUGUGAGUCGAAAGUGCAUGGAGCUCCGCAAGUCAGAGCGCUGUAUGGUGUUGUGUGCGGUGUGUCACAAGAAAGAGGAAGGCAAGCUGAGGGACUACAAUUUCAAUCGUCGCUGGGGGAAACCUUUCGCCAUUCCUGGGCUGCUAGACCUUCCACCUCUGCUGGACCUUCCGCUUCUGCUGGGCCUUCCACCCCCGCUGGACCUUCCACCGCUGUGGGACCAUCCAACCUGGCCAUCAAUUCUUCGCUUCAGUGAUCCCGAGCCAAUGGCGGUGGUGCCAUACAAAAUCAAGUGCAAGCCUGUCUCCAGGAGCUUGAGGGGAAAUGUCUACUUUGUUGGUUGCAUGGGGUGGCAAGAGCAUCAGCUGCAACGCCAGGAUAGGUCCUGGAAGCGUAACCACUUUUGUGCCGAAGUGGGUGAAGGGGGUAAGAAGCGGGAUGUCCAAGGUUAUUGCUGGAUAUGCCUCCUCGACAAGAGCUCUACUUUAGCACAUCGUGAUUCAACCCUGGGGGGGUGUAUGUUCCGUGAUAUGAUUCCCGAAAUGGCCUGGAUCAUCCUAGGCUCAGAGCGACUCCGUAAGGCUCUCGCCGACUAUGCUGGGGAUGACAAGGUGGUAACCAUAUCCGGCUAUGAAUCAUGGCUGUUGUUUAGAUGGGAAGGCAGCAAGAAAUGGCGUAAUUUUUCCACACAGUUGGUACUCUUUUUCUUUCAUCACGCUCGUAAUCAUUUGUAG